AUUUCUAAUUCCAUACUUCGUAAUGCUGGCUAUCGAGGGUAUUCCCAUAUUUUAUCUGGAAUUGGCAAUCGGCCAGAGAUUACGGAAGGGCGCUAUCGGUGUGUGGAAUCAGGUUUCUCCAUAUAUGGGCGGUAUUGGACUAAGCAGCGCCGUAGUUUCCUUUAACGUAGCUCUGUAUUACAACACUAUUAUCGCUUGGUGCCUAUUCUACUUCGUUCAAAGUUUUCAAUCGCAAUUACCGUGGGCGGAGUGUCCCAACGUAUACUUCCAAAACGGAUCAUAUUCGCCCGAGCCAGAGUGUGUGGUCAGUAGUCCCACUCAAUACUUCUGGUAUCGAACAACCCUGAUGAUCUCCAAAGACAUCGACACCCCGGAGCCGUUCAACUGGAAAAUUGCACUGGCACUGGUGAUCGCAUGGAUUCUCGUGUACAUGUGCAUGAUCAAGGGAAUCGCGUCUUCAGGGAAG